UGUUGCUGCACCUCUACCAGUGGACCGGAAAAUCACUGGGAAAUAAAUAAAUUAAAGUUUCAUGUUGUUAAAAGUAAAGAAAUGUUUGUAAUUAUUUUGUUGAAUUAAAUCCUAUAACCUCCCAAUCGAUAUCGGUCCGAGAAUAUCGAUAUCACAGCUUCCAGACUUCGGCUCGGGUCGCAACCACCUCAUCACCCGCAACCACCCACCAAACACCCGAAAGCGUAAGCGGAACCGGAACGGAGAUGGCCCUGCCCUCGAUCUCGACGCUGCUGGGCGUGGCAUUCCUGGCGUACAUCGGCCACUCCAUCUACCAGAUGUCGCAGCUCUUCACUACGCUGCAGUGCAGCGGUGUGCCCUGCUACACAUCCUUCCUGACGGACCGGCCACGCCUCCAGCUGGCGCUGUUCUCCUCCCUGAGCCGGAAUCCCAUCGCCUCCGAGGUGCGGGACCUGUACAAGGCCAAGCGGUUCGACUACCAUCAGAGCUUUGAGCACGAUUUCGAACUGGAUGUGCCGCUGAAGACCCGACGCAAUGGCUCCCUGUACUUCCAUGUUGUCCUAGCCCUUGAGGGUGAGCCUCUAGAGUGGCGCAGCCUCCGAAGAGAUGGCCCCACCGUUGUCCACACGCUGAGUCUGACGGAUUACAUGGUGCCGCGAGCAGAGGCCUUCAAUUUGCUGGGAGAGUCCGAAAAAGGAGCGGAAGCAGCUGCUGUCCAGGAGAAGGGCAAGAAAGCAUCAUCCGGACGUGCCAGCACUCACAUACGGUCAAAUGUUUACGUUACUCUGCUGACCGAUCUUUUCUCCGUUUCCCAAGCGGAUGUCCCACCAGAAAUGGCACCUCUGAUACGUGUCAAUCGCAUGCAGCAGAUUCUGCCCAUUCUGCAGACUGACACAUUCAAUACGCGGCUGAAGGACCUUGUGCCCGUCACCCGGAAUACCACCGAGUUCACCUUUAGCUUCCACUACAAACCCGUGGGCGUGGGCAAGCUCCGGCUGAUGCUGCUCAUGGAGCACGCCACCCAGGCCCUUCUCACCGUCGGAUUCGCCACCAAAGACAUCGACGAGGUGAAAGGCAUCUUCUCUGACACCAAUGUGUACCUGCUGUGCGGUACCAUCUUUGUGUCCAGCAUUCAUAUGCUCUUUGACUUCCUGAGCUUUAAGAACGACGUGGCCUUCUGGCGCAAAAAGCAGUCGUACGAGGGUCUCUCCACCCGCACCACCAUGUGGAGGGCGUUCUCGCAGAUCGUUAUCUUUCUGUACCUGCUGGAUGAGAAUACAUCGUAUCUGGUGCUCGUGCCCGUUGGCCUCGGUACGCUGAUCGAGCUGUGGAAGUGCAAGAAGAUCCUGCGCCUAGAGCUGAGCUUCGGCGGCCUGAUUCGUCGCAAGCUGGAGCAGGUGGACAAGCGGAAUGGAAAGCAGACGGAUGAGCAAAACGGUCAGCUGGCGAAGGAGGAAGAGCAAACUGACCAGUUUGACAGGCAGGGCAUGCGGUAUCUGAGCUACUUGCUGUAUCCGCUUUGCCUGGGCGGAGCGGUAUAUUCGCUGCUAUAUCAGCCGCAUCGCUCCUGGUACUCCUGGACCCUCAACUCGCUGGUGAACGGGGUCUACGCCUUUGGGUUCCUGUUUAUGUUGCCGCAACUAUUCGUCAACUACAAACUUAAGUCCGUGGCUGCUUUGCCAUGGCGCGCAUUUAUGUACAAGGCAUUCAACACCUUCAUCGACGACUUUUUUGCCUUCAUUAUCACCAUGCCCACGGCCCAUCGGGUGGCCUGUCUGCGCGACGACAUUGUGUUCAUCAUCUACCUGUACCAGCGCUGGCUCUACCCUGUGGACAAAAGUCGCCUAGACACGGGCCUGGCUAUCGGCGAAACUACGGACACUGCCAACGAACCAUCCACCACCACUGCGGCCAGUCGCAAAAAGCGCAACUGAUCCCACGUCAUGAAGAGAAGCCAAGAUUGCUCAUUCCGUCUAUAGCUCCAGGUCUAGCCCGAGCUGUAGUCCAUUAACAUUUUUAUGUAAUCCGAUUCCGUCUUUAGUUUAGUAGUGAUAUAAAUCCUAUGUUUUAGACUCCACUAUUGAAAACGUGUGUUUAAAUAGUUAUUAAAUGCUUAUAUAUAAAUGGGGUACUCCAUUGUCGAUUAGCAGGCAGUGAUCCCAAAUGAAAAUGGCUAUUAAACAAAAUGCAUUUUAUAAACUUUUUAAACAACAAAAAGCACCAAAAGGUUGAAAAAUUAUGGAAUCAACUAAAAUCACACAUUUGUAAAGUUUAAACUAAGAAAAACUGUGUAAUGACUUAAACGCUGUUCAAAUUUUUUAUAUUGUUGAGCAGCUAAAAUAGCCAAAAGGUAAACUAAACAAUAAUAUAUACCCAACGUAGAUCAAAAGGUGUUUUAGAAACAAUCAGUUAACAGAAAUUCAGAAAAGCAGCCAAUAAGUGAUCCUAAUCGAAAAUAUAUAUUGAACAAGACAGAACGCAUUUUAUAAAACUAAAAAAGAACCUAAAAGCACCAGAAGGCUGCAUAAAUAUAUAAUUAAAUAAAAUCACAUAUUUUAAAAAUGAA